GACAGGGUGUGGGAGUAAAAUGGCGGCGCCCAUGGAGGUGGCGGUGUGUACGGAUUCGACGGCGCAACUCUGGACGUGCGUCGUGUGGGAACUACAUUCGGGGGCUAACUUGCUCACCUACCGCGGCGGCCAGGCUGGGCCCCGCGGCCUGGCGCUGUUAAAUGGCGAGUACCUGCUGGCGGCGCAGCUGGGCAAGAACUACAUCAGUGUCUGGGAGCUGCAGCGAAAGGACCAGCUCCAGCAAAAGAUCAUGUGCCCUGGGCCAGUCACCUGUGUGACCACUGCACCCAAUGGCCUCUACGUCCUGGCGGGAAUUGCAGAAAGCAUAUACCUGUGGGAGGUCUGCACUGGGAACCUCCUGGUCAUCCUGAGCCGCCACUACCAGGAUGUCUCCUGCCUCAAGUUCACGGGUGACAGCAGCCACUUCAUCUCAGGGAGCAAGGACUGCUUGGUGCUGGCCUGGAGCCUCUGCAGCGUGCUGCAGGUGGACCCCUCCAGGAUCCCAGCCCCCCGGCAUGUGUGGUCCCACCACACACUCCCUGUCACUGAUGUGCACUGCGGCUUUGGGGGUCCUCUGGCCCGAGUGGCCACAGCCUCACUGGACCAGACAGUGAAGCUGUGGGAGAUCUCCUCAGGAGAGCUGCUGCUCUCCGUCCUGUUUGACGUGGCUGUCAUGGCUGUGACCAUGGACCUGGCUGAGCACCACAUGUUCUGCGGGGGGAGUGAUGGCUCCAUCUUCCAGGUUGAUCUCUGCACCCAGUCUCCACAGCCUGCACAGAGGGAACAGAGUUUCCAGCCCGAGCAGGAACCCGGCAAGGUCUUCCGAGGCCACAGGAACCAAGUGACCUGCCUGUCGGUGUCCACAGAUGGCAGCGUGCUACUCUCCGGCUCCCACGACGAGACCGUGCGCCUGUGGGAUGUGCAGAGCAAGCAGUGCAUCCGGACAGUGACCCUCAAAGGCCCCGUGACCAACGCGGCCAUUGUGCUGGCACCUGUCAGCAUGCUGAGCUCUGACUUCAGGCCCAGCCUGCCACUGCCCCACUUCAACAAGCACCUGCUAGGGGCCGAACAUGGGGAUGAGCCGCGCCGUGGGGGCCUCACGCUACGCCUGGGCCUCCACCAGCAGGGCUCAGAGCCCAGCUACCUGGGGCGGCUGGAGCAGCUGCAGGCUGUGAUGUGCAGCACCCUGGAGAAGGGUAGCCAGGACCAGCUGCGGGUACGUGUGAGUGAACUGGAAGACGAGGUGCGCAACCUGCGCAAGAUCAACCGUGACCUCUUUGACUUCUCCACACACAUAAUCACCAGGCCUGCCAAGUGAGGCUUGGCCCCACCUAUUGGGUGGAGUCUGGCCUGGAUGAGGCCAGAGCGAGCUUGGUGAGCCUCCUGCCUGUGGGCUGUGGGGCUCCCCAGUUUUGCCAGUGUUGUAUUUGUAGACUCUAUCCCCAAUGUUUGGGCUGUCUGGGCCCAGUGGUAUGUGUUCAUCUGUCUACUUGCUGCUGUUCGAUUUUUAACAAAAGAUGGUCUGGAAAGGCCUCUUCAUUCCUGCAGGUUGGGGGCCCCCAUCCAGAGUCACCCAAACAGGGCAGGUGCUGAGAGGAUGACCUGGGGCCCUGAGACCCACACUGGCAUGAGGAUGGACAGUGAGUGUCCUGAGUGGCUUUCUGAGGGUUUAGGCCUGGGGGCAGGCACCAAGACCACAGAGGGGCUGGCAGUGGUGAGGGGGCUGUUGUCAAACCUGGGGACAGCGGGGUGGGGGUCGGGGCUGGUGGUCCUGUGAGAGCCAGGCCAGCACUCAUCUGAGCAUCCCAGGUAUGGCUGGUGCCCAGCAACAGAGCUUCCCAAGCCCAAGUCCUCUCACUGAUCACCAGGGAAUUGAUAGGGUCACCUAGAAGGCACAGGAGCAGGAGUGACACCCAAGACAGCCAAGGCCUUGUCUUUCCCCUGAGGGUCCCACCCAGCCUGGUUCAGGGGUGGGUGCUUUGGGUGCCCUCAGGCCAGGUCCCUGUGAAGGGUAGAUGUGCCCUCCAGCUGCCUGGCCAAGGUACACCUCUUGGCAUCAUCAGCCUGAGAGAGGCUAGGUCCCCAGUGUCCUGGGGACACUGCCAGCCAGCACUGGACUGCCAGCCAGACGCCCUCAGAACCUUCCGGAACACCUUGGCUGCCAGCCCUGGUUAAUGGCCCAGGAGCACUGUGUGAUUUAGUGGUGGUGUCAUCUCUGCGGCGAGAGCAGAGCCAGCACUGAGUUCAUACUUUUGGGCGAUGGUGCCUCCAUCUCUGCCUGUCCCGUUUCUGGGCUGUAUGCACCCCGUGGCCUCCAUGAGCCCUGGAGCCUGGUACACUUGAGGGUCCUGGUGGGACCUCGUUGGGCCCUUUGUACAUGAAUCUGCCCAGGGUGGAGCCCUCAGGUCCUUCCCAAACACUGCCUCAGUUCCCCCACCAUGGUGUGCAUUCAGUCCUCAUCUCAACAUGCCGAGUACAGGAGGUGUUAAGCAGGGUCCCUCAGCUCCCCCAGGCACUGACCCUGGAGCCUCAGAUUCUUUGGGAGGCAGCAACAAUUCCCUGGGGUCCAGGUCCCUCCCUGCCUCCCACGGAUUCCCACAGCCAAAGGCACCAGUUGGGCUUCACGCUUCAUGCUUCCUCUCCACUCCCUACUUGCUGUGGUGGCUGCAGGCAGGCAAGCAGCCAGCCCCAGAGGACACCAGACACCAGGAGCACGUGGGGACAGUUGGCAUUAACAUGCAGACAGCCCUGCAGGCCCAUGUGUGCCCACCCUCCUGCCUCGGUCACAGCACUGAGGUCGGCUGAGGAGGGUUCCAGGCAGCAGGAGGCUAGCCGAGACUUGGCCACACCCAGGCUGGUGUGGGGCUCUGGGACUCCAGUCCUUCGAACUACAGGGGUGAUCCUUGGCUUGCAGGGGGCUUGGAAGUUUGUCCAGGUCCUUGGCCAUGCCCUCUGCUGCCUCAGCCUCCAUCCUGGUCCUGAUCAUACUGCCCCCCCCCCCCCCACUGCUCAGAGCAAUAUGAAAUGGCUAGACUAAGGCCAGAAGGUGGCCCUGUGAGCGACAUAGGGAGAUCCUGUCUCAGGGAAAAGUGAUCAGUCCUGUCUUUACCCUGCAUUGUAAUUAUAGGCUGGAUGUGAUCCAAGGGACAGUGAGUCUGUCCCUGAGCCCCUGGGAGCCAAGCCAGGUGCGGGGAAUGUCCACAACAGCCUCUGACCCUGGGACACCAGUCCUCAUGCCCUCCCUAAGGUGGCUGUUAUCUGAAAGGUGGAAAAGUACAAGUGCUGCCGAGGAUGUAGAGAGCUCAGAAUCCCUGGGCACUGCUAGGUGGAACAUGAAGUGGGCUGACCAUUGCCGAAGGGGCUCCUGCAGCACCCCAGACUAAACGCAGCCAGAUCUGGUGGCUCAUGCCUGCCAUCUCUGCACUGUAGGAGGCUGAGGGAGGAGGCUUGCAAUUUGA